GUUGACCUGGCCUACGAUACUCUUGUUAUAUUAUAAUUAUGCAGCAGGCAAAGACUUCACAGUUCCCAAAGAAGAAUUAAUUACAAAUUAUUCAAAAGACUUGAGAAAUAAGUUAAAGUAAUUUAACUAUUUUAUCAUAAGUAUAUGGUAUUUAUUUAGUUUCCCCAGAUCUGCAUAGAAAGUAUUACACCAUGGCUGAGGACAUGAAAGGGAAGAUUCAAGUGUACUGCAGGGCCAGACCACUGAGUAGGUCUGAGAAGGAGAGGGGUAAUGUGUCGGUUCUGAAGUCUCCUGAUGACAAAUCCAUCACUGUUGACUCAUCCAGUGGCCCAAAACCAUUCACAUUUGACAAAGUCUUUAUGGAGAACUCCACACAGGAGCAGAUUUUCAAAGACACAGAGAAUCUGAUCAAAUCUGCAGUGGAUGGAUCAAAUGUGUGUAUCUUCGCCUUUGGAGGUUCAGGCUCUGGUAAAACAUUCACCAUGAUUGGUGACGGAGCAUUGGAGUUCCCUGGAAUCGCACCAAGAGCGUUUAAAAGAAUUUUUGAAUUGGCAGAAGAUCUCAGAUCCAAGUUCACCAUCACUGUGACUGCCUAUAUGAUGGAGCUGUACUAUGAUACAUUCAUUGACUUGUUUGCUGAGCGAAAGUCAUCCGGUGAUAAAAAGAUGAAGAUUAAGAAAGAUGAGAAUGGGAUGGUGUUCAUAGAAGGAUCAUGUGUGAAGGAAGCACACAGUGCUGACGAACUUAAUGCCUUCUUUGAAUCAGGCAGAGAUAACAGAUAUGGUGCCACCACAAUGAUGAAUGCUGAGAGCUCCCGUUCCCAUCUUAUUACCGGGAUCAUGAUUGAGAGUGUCGACAAGUCCACAGGACAAGUGAUCAAAGGAAAGCUCAGUUUGGUGGACUUGGCAGCUAGAUAUGGAAGGCAGAUGGCUAGGAGUGUGACUUCGGUACAGGCCAAAGAAGCUUUGCAUAUCAACAAGUCCUUGUCUGCUCUCGAAGAGGUGUUUGUUGCUCUGACUAAUGGCAAGUUCAUCCCCUACAGAAUCAACCGACUCACCUUCUUGCUCCAGGACUCCCUAGGGGGCAAUGCUAAAACUCUCAUGUUUGUCAACAUCUCCCCAGCUGACGAAAUCCAGGAUGAAACCAUUUGCUCUCUUAUGUAUGCCUCUAGAGCGAAAAAGAUUCCUGACGAUGCAUCCAAGAAUGCUGCUUAACAAGUAUAUUGCCAAGUUGAUGAGUAUCAUUGCAAGGAUGAAGAAGGGAGAAGAUGUUGAGGAUGUGGAAUAAACAUGUUUACUCUUGCUCACAGAAGACUGUUAUCAACACAUAACCGGUGGACAUCUCGGUAUAUCAACACUUGACUAGUGGACAUCUUGGUAUAUCAACACUUGACUAGUGGACAUCUUGACAUAUCCUUUACCUAGACUACUAUUGGACAUCUGGGUAUAUCUGUUACCUAGACUACUAGUGGACAUCUCGGUAUAUCUGUUACCUAGACUACUAGUGGACAUCUGGGUAUAUCCGUUACCUAGACUACUAGUGGACAUCUCGGUAUAUUCUGUUACCUAGACUACUAGUGGACAUCUGGGUAUAUCUGUUACCUAGACUACUAGUGGACAUCUCGGUAUAUCCGUUACCUAGACUACUAGUGGACAUCUCAGUAUAUCUGUUACCUAGACUAUUAGUGGACAUCUGGUAUAUCCGUUACCUAGACUACUAGUGGACAUCUCAGUAUAUCUGUUACCUGGACUACUAGUGGACAUCUGGGUAUAUCCGUUACCUAGACUACUAGUGGACAUCUCGGUAUAUCUGUUACCUAGACUAUUAGUGGACAUCUGGGUAUAUCCGUUACCUAGACUACUAGUGGACAUCUGGUUUAUCCGUUACCUAGACUACUAGUGGACAUCUUGGUUUAUCCGUUACCUAGACUACUAGUGGACAUCUAGGUAUACCUGUUACCUAGACUAGUGGACAUCUGGGUAUAUCCAUUACCUAGACUACUAGUGGACAUCUGGGUAUAUCUGUUACCUAGACUACUAGUGGACAUCUAGGUAUACCUGUUACCUAGACUAGUGGACAUCUGGGUAUAUCCAUUACCUAGACUACUAGUGGACAUCUCAGUAUAUCCGUUACCUAGACUACUAGUGGACAUCUAGGUAUACCUGUUACCUAGACUACUAGUGGACAUCUUGUUUUAUCCGUUACCUAGACUACUAGUGGACAUCUCGGUAUAUCCGUUACCUAGACUACUAGUGGACAUCUCGGUAUAUCCGUUACCUAGACUACUAGUGGACAUCUCGGUAUAUCUGUUACCUAGACUACUAGUGGACAUCUUGGUAUAUCCGUUACCUAGACUACUUUUGGACAUCUCGGUAUAUCUGUUUCGAUGUUGACCAGGUGAAGCCCGUGGUCCCAUUAUAAUCCAGUCACUUUCAUUUUCAACUGGAUUGUAUUACUGCUGCUUUACAAUUAAGUGUAUCUGGUAUUUGAGGAAACCUGUGAUCCUGUUAUAAUCCUGUCUCCUAUCUCCUAUAUUUUUCUUAUUACCUCACAAUUUGUCUUCGUGGGACAAUCAAAACUUGACAUUUAUUGGCAGGAUGUCAUUCAUAUGGAGAUUUAUAUAUAUAUUUUUGUUUUUCAUUGUCAGAUAUUAGAAAAAGUCCAAUGUUAUUUUUGGAACUUUGAUCAUAUCCAAUGUUAUUUUUGAAACUAACACCCGAAAUAUUCUUUGGAAAUGUUUGAUAUUACACUUUAUUCAGAUUUAUAGUUUAAUGUGAAAACAUAUUCAAGUUCUGUGAUAUAGCUUGUUGAUAUAUAUAUUUUACUAUAUACAUGUACUAUGUUAUCCAAUAAGUUGUUAAACUUAUGGAAUAAAAGUUGAACUGUGAACUAUAUCAUUCUGAUUUUACACCUAUCUUUAUAUAUACAUAUAUGUAUGCUUUUUUUGAAUAGUUUAUCUUUUUUCAUUCCGUCCUUUAUACAGUCAAUUUUUGUAAGUAAAAAAUAAAGUCUACUACAUGUACAUAUAUAAUUGUUUAAUUACAUUUAAAUUUUCAUUAUUUAAUUGUCAUAUUUCUAUCAUUUUGUCUACUCCUUUGAGUAAAUGAUUAACCCUAUUUUUCUCUCACUUCGUAAUAUACCACUCACUUUGUCUGUGCAUCCGUCUGUCCACGAUAACCUUGUGUACACAAUAUCUCAUGAAUCCCUGAACAGAUUUAGUUCAAAUUCACAACAUAAGUCACGUCAUCAAAUUCUACACCUGAUUAAGUGGUCAUUAGUUAAGGUUAAGGGUCAAAGUACACACUUGACCACUUAUGAAAUAGGAAAAAAAAAAUUGUGUACAAGAUAAUUCUUCAGCUCAGACUUACUUUAUUGUUGACGGUUGUGGUGGAGAGUGUAUAUCUAUGUGAGCCCCACUUACUAUUCUAUUUGCAUUAUAACAUUAUUUAAAACAUGUAUACUACAAGGCUGGUCCUUAUCAAUGAUUUGAUGUUUUUAUUCAAGUGUAUAAUUAGUAUAUACAAACAUAACUAGUGAUUGCAUUGUCAACACUCCAGUUGUGAUUUUUUUUGUUUUUUUUUUUUUAAUAAAGACAAUUAUUUUUAAAUCAAAACUGAAAUAAGAAGAAACACAUUGCUAACCAAUGGACAUUUUGUUUGUUUUUUAUUAUUCAAUAUUCAAUUUUAUUGAUAAUUGAACACAAGAAGAGUUGUACACUACUCUGUCCACUUAAUUUGGUAUCCAGUCCUCCUGCAGGACAUGUCAUUUGAUAUUACAGAUUAACAGGUUUUUCUUUAAUCUUUUCUAAUAAAAAACAAUGUAGUAAA